UUCCGCCGGUUUGAUUGUCUUCAAGAAAUGUUCUUCGCGCAAUCACUCUGCAACUGCCCGCUGCUGAGAAACCCUCACCCCUCCGCACCCUCGCACUCUCAGUCACUUCUCCGUUUGCCGUCUCCUGUCUUCCCUGCAACUCCAAACACUUCCUCCUGGCUCCGCUUCAGUUUUCUGCAGUUCUGCUACAGAGAUAGAUUGAGCCAGAGAGUAGCGGCAGCAAUCCUUCGAUCCCAAACGGAAUGCGAGGAAGCCGCAGCAAUAGGGUAAGAAACUCUGGUUUUCGGAGAAAUUGAUUGAUGGGUUCGAUGUAUCUAUACAUUAUCUGCCCCCUAGAAUUUGAAGAAGCGAUUGAUUGGAUUAAUCAUGAACUUUCAGCUUGUUGUGUUUGAUGUUUCUAUGAAACUGUUUGCUUGUAUCAUUCGACUGAGCAUUGCUAAUAGAGAAAGGUGUUCAUGUGCUGUGUUUUUUGUCUCAGACUUUUGAGUUUAUGAGAAAAUGGGGGUCUGGCAUACCAAGCUACUAGCUACUACGUUUGUUUUCUAUAGUGGGUAACCAUUUUGAAAAUUAUGAACAGAGUGACGAAUAAACAGGCAUGUCCAAGGACUACCAUGAAGCCCGUAAGCGCCUGGAUAAGCUUCUCAGUGAGAAAGGAGAGCUCAAGGCGGCUGCAGCAGCCAAAAUGGAACAGAUGAUAGCUGAGCUCUCGAUCGCUCCUCCUGUAACUAAGCCGUUUUAUGAGGCCAAGAAGAUCAAAGAAGGGUAUACUAGCUUCAAGCAAGAGAAAUAUGAGAAGAAUCGUGAGCACUUGGACAAAGUUGCCAAACAACAGAGUCCCAAGCGUCCUGUUAGUAGACAUGCUUCUGCUUUUGACGAUGAGCGGUACGCCAAUCAUCUAGAGGUUGAUGACGAUGAGUCUGAUGAAGUUGAAAUUGACGACGAGUUUGAUGAGGACGAUGAGUCUGAUGAAGAUGAAAUUGACGACGAGUUUGAUGAGGACGAUGAGUCUGAUGAAGAUGAAAUUGACGACGAUGAGUUUGAUGAGGACGAUGAGUCUGAGGGCCAGGCUUCUCAUCCGGCUUUAUAUGUUGACUCGAGAGCUGCAGGUGGCUCUCAUGCCCAUAGACACCAGUCUGGCCCCUCUUCUACUGCAUCACCUGAGUUUGUGGUUGCACGAUGUGAGCCUCCGGACCAUUUCAGACAAAUAUAUGAUGUUGAUGACAGGACCUUUGUCACCCCUAGCAAAGGCAAGAAGGAGAGAGAACGCUCGUGCGUGCUUCUGGAGGAGGGUUCAGGUGGACCUAUGGUUCCCACUAUUAUCCCUAGUUUUCGUGACCAUGUAGCUUUUCGACUAUGGACUCAGCCCGAGCAGGUUCGAGGAAUGAUCCAAUUCUAUGCUCGGGAUUGGCUAAUGGGUAAGCUGAGAAAUUAUCGAUUUGCAAGACAAGGUUCAGAGGGGUUGGUUCGGAAGACAGGGUUGUUUCACUUGCCCCGGUGCAUGCUGACCCAUGCUCAUUUGGAUCUUCCUCUACUUGCAGCGUUUGUUGAGAGGUGGCAACCAGACACCAAUACUUUCCACAUGCCAUUUGGAGAGAUGACUAUAUUGCUCCAUGAUGUUUUCUACAUUCUCCGGAUUCCAGUAGACGGAGAGAUGCUCAGUGGUGGUGGACACCCGGAAAGUCUUAAGGCUGACAUGUGUGAUCUUCUUAAAGUCACACGUCAAGAGUUGGUGGCGCCUGUUGUUGAUGUUGCUAGUGGAAAGAUGGUACCUUUGUACAAGAGUGGUGCGUUGUUAGGAGAGGCAGCUUUGACUCGUGUUCAGGGGCGUGGGGAUAUGGAGGCUGAGGUGCAGUGUUAUCUAUUGUUGUUGUUGGGAUCCACACUCUUUGCGGACAGAAAUGAUGGUUGUGUUCCUGCCAUGGUCAACUUGUUCUUGAAGGAUUAUGAUCGGGUGGGAAGGUACGCUUGGGGGGCUGGUACACUUGCCAAUCUGUACAGGCAACUUGGGAUGGCUUCUCGAGCUGAUGCCAGUGAACUUUGUGGUUGUCUGACACUCCUGCAGGCUUGGAUAUACCAGUACUUUCCGACAUUACGGGGGCCUAGAUGUGAGCCUCAUACACUGAAAGAGGGGGAGCCUUAUGCUUUGAAGUGGCAGGGUGUACAUAUCGUAGGGGAGAGGGCAGCUGGUGAGCGGUUGAGAUACUAUCGUCGAGUGUUAGACACCUUGAACAAAACCGAGGUGAUGUGGCUUCCCUACGGUCACAACCCUGGCAAGGCGGUGCCAAGAUCUUUAUACCAUGGUGUGAUCCGGUUUGGUGAUGUGGCCGAGUUUUACGAUCCUACACGAUGUCUCAGACAGUUCGGGUACAGACAGGUAGUCCCAGGUCCUCCUGUUGCACCAACUUACGCCUUCCGACCUGCUUCUGGCAUUGGAUAUACCGUUAUUUUCCAUCCUAGCAUGAAUCAGUUCUGGGGCUACUUAACGUGCCACAUGCUACGCUUGGAUGCCAUCUCCACACCUGUCCAGCCUUUGCUCGAUGUUGCCGAGGAGUACAUGGGAUGGUAUACUGCUCAUUCCCACCCAUACAUUGUGAAUCCCAUCCUUUCAGGACAUCAUCAGCAGCCUGCAGCGCGCACUGAUUUGUUGGCGCGCCAGAUUCUGCACAGGCUUGCUCCCUUGUUUUCGGCGAGAGAUGUCGACACAUUCAAGGCAAACAUACAUGAGUACUGGGUGAUACUUGAAGGAGUUAGAGGCUUGUGGAACGAGUAUCAGCGACUGCAACCACGACGACUACCUUCUCAAUCUCAGUAGCUGCAUGUAGUUUGGUUGUUUUUGUUGCAAGUCGUUUCAUGUUUUGUAUCCACACAACGGUUAGUAAUUAGCUCCAGCGGAAGCUCGUCUGCGAUGAGAUGGGAUGGAUGGUUCUAUAAAUCGUACUUUAUCAAUGACAUCAAUUGAUAUUGGUUUGUUAUGACUGGAUGAUUUUUUCUCUCUUGAAAUGGAAAUGAAUGGAUUUCUGUUUCGAUCUUGUUUUGGAACGCCGGUAAAAUGGUCCUGCCGGAAUAGACAGUUUUCGUCGCAUUAGGGUCGUCGAGUGAACUCCCUCCUUCCACGUUGCAUGGUCCCUCGCAGUAGUAACUGUCUGUGCCCAAAAAGUAAACCAAUAAUACGCAUUGAAUACU